CUUCAACUUUCUAUUUGAUAACUCGCGGCGAUCACUUCGAAUUGUUCGCCAUAAUUCGAAUUUCGAAUUCCCGCCAAAAGGAUUCGUCGUGUAACCUAAAAAUCGUAAAGAAAUUCGACCAUUCUUUGCAUAAUAUACAACUUGAGUGCCCAACGGCAAUUUUUAUGUAAUAUGCUGUAAUAAACGAUUAUAUAACUAUCAUUUUGGCCUCAUAUUUUGGUGGGUUGCAAUAGUCUACAAUCUGCCAUGGCUCCGACCGUUUGGCUUUCAAAUUAGUGGUGGUUCUUUUUUUUUAACUUGUGAGUGUUAGUGUUUUUAAUCUGUGGCAGUGACUUUAAGGAUUAAAUUAGACAUGACAUCAAGAGAGUGACAAGUAUAAAAACAACAUGGCCGCCGCCGACCACAGUGCUGUGCCGAUCAUGAAAAGGAACCACGUGAAAAGUCUGAAAACUCUAGGAAAAUGUAGUGAUGGGACAGUGAAUGUCGAUAAAAAUUCCGAUGUCGAUGACGAUAAUUACUGUCUCGAGUGUAACAAUAGAGAUAAAAUAGACAAAACCGGUGUAGAUCUUAACAUGAACAAAUCGGACCGACUUUCGGAGAUUCAAGAGUUCUACAACGGGAAAAAUGUGUUAAUUACUGGAGCUACAGGGUUCCUCGGCAAAAUCCUUAUGGAGAAACUGCUGCGAUGCUGUCCAGGGGUGGAGAACCUGUACCUACUAGUGCGGCAAAAACGUGGGAAGGAUAUCUACACGCGGAUCGAAGAAGUCUUCGACGAUCCGGUUUUUAGUCGCCUCAAAGAAGAAGUACCAAAGUUCCGACACAAAAUAGUCGCCAUACCCGCAGACUGCGAGGCUGCGGGCUUAGGACUUACUAUUAGCGAUAGGCAGACACUUAUUGAAAAGGUCAACAUUAUCUUCCACUCGGCCGCGACGGUCAAGUUCGACGAGCAUUUACGCGCGGCGCUGGUAACCAAUGUUCGGGCACCACUAUACUUGUUGCAACUGGCCAAAGAUAUUAAACAAUUGAAGGUGUUUAUGCAUAUAUCGACGGCGUACUCGAACUCCCAUCUCUAUCACAUAGAGGAGAAGUUCUACCCGUGCGAGGGGGACAGCGAGAAGCUGCAGCGGACGAUCGACAAACUGACGGAUGAGCAGAUCAACGAUGUGCUCCCUACUAUCCUAGGCAAAUGGCCCAACACGUACACAUUUACAAAGGCCCUAGCGGAGAAUGAACUGAGACUGAAUGUGAGCAGCGUACCACUGGGGAUCUUCCGACCGGCGAUAGUGACGUCAACUGUGAAGGAGCCUGUGAAAUGUUGGUUGGAUAACAUGUAUGGGCCGACUGGCGUCGCUGUGGGAGCGGUAACGGGCAUGCUUCGGACGCUGCAGUGUGACGAGUCGGUGACCGCGGACCUGGUGCCGGUGGACUCUGUGGUGAACUGCCUCAUGGUGGCAGCUCACAGCGUCCACAAUCAGUAUAACAGCAGCAGUCCGCCAUCGGAGCCGCCGAUCUUCAACUUCGUGAGUUCGGUGGAGAACAGGAUCACGUGGGGCGACUUCACCAUGCUCAACAUGGCAAGGAUCGAUAAGCACCCCUUUUCUAAUGCUAUUUGGUAUUUCUCCCUCCGACUCAAUAAGUCACCGCUCAUGAACCAAAUCUGUAUAUUGUUCCUGCAUCUGCUACCGGCUGCCCUCGUCGACGGGCUCGCUAUGUGCAUUGGGAAGAAACCCAAGAUGUUAAAGGUGUACCGCAAAAUCCACAAGUUUUCAUCCGUGAUCAGUUACUUCUGCACGCACGAGAUCAAGUUCUGCAACCGACGGACGAGAGCGCUGUGGGAAAAUACUUCCGACUUAGAUAAACAGAUAUUCCCGUUCAGUAUGAGCGAGGUGGACUGGAGCGCGUACUUCGACGACUACCUCGCGGGCAUCCGGCGAUACCUGUUCAAAGAACCAGACGACACGCUGCCGCAGGCGAGGAUUAAGUGGAAAAGAUUGUACUAUCUCCACCAGAUAGUGCGUAUCGUUUUCAUUGUCCUCGUGUUCUACGCCUUGUGGCUCGUUUUUAAUGCAUUUUUUAAAUUAUUCAAUUGGUAAUAAAAGAAAAAAACUUACGAUUGGUGCUAUUACGA